GCGCUUUGUUGUUCUUGCAGGUCAGAAGAAGAAGACAAUUAUUUUCAAUUCGUUUUAAACAACCCGGGCUAAGCAAAGAUACCAUCUCACAUGGUUCAAUAUACCUAAACGCCAACCAAGAAGUCGUCCGGUAAAAAGUGGAGUAUUUGUGGGACCAAAUCAACUCAGAAUUGAGCUAGCAUUAGCUUCUCCGAGAGGGAGUCCACUAUCCAGAUUGGAGCGGAAGGAAUUCCAGGCACUGGGAAGAAGGAGGGAGAAAUCACUGCUGGGAUGUCUCACACAAAUUGAAAAAAACAUGUAUUUCUCAGUUCCUCCCGGGAUUAUAGCACUGUAAGCCUGGACUAUGUGUUCGUUUGACUGAUAUCCACUCACUGGAACGACUUGAUGGUGGUUUUGUAACAGUUAACGUGCCAGUUUAGCGAGUUAGCCACGUAGCUACGUAGCCCUCCGGAGGAAGACAUUUAAAAUGGCGGAGGGUUGGCCCAUUCCUUCGGCCCUUGUCUUCGUGCUGCUGAGUUUGAGUGCUUGGGCUCUGGAGUCUUGUCCCGCUCCCUGCUCGUGUUUAAAAGGACAAGAUGAGGUCUAUAUUCUGGACUGCAAUAGGAAAAGACUUUCGGCGGCUCCCGUGGACCCACCAGAGGGGAUAAUACAAGUCACCAUGAAUCACAAUGAGCUGACCGUUCUUCCUUUUCUUGGAGAUGUUUCCUCAAAUAUCACAUCGCUGUCCUUAGUCCACAAUAGGAUCUCGGCGCUGUCGAUGUAUCAGCUGCAGCCUUACGUUUCCUUGGAGACUCUGGACCUGACAUCCAACUCCAUCACAGAGCUCAACGUUGGAUCCUUCCCCUCCAUGCAGCUGAAAUAUCUGAAUUUGAGUAAUAACAGGAUCAGCGUCCUCGAGCCUGGUUGCUUUGAAAACAUCUCCAGCUCCCUGCUGGUGCUGAAGCUGAACAGGAACCGAUUGGCUAUGCUGCCAUCCAAAGUCUUCAAACUUCCACUGCUUCAGUUCCUUGAACUGAAGCGUAACAAGAUCAAGAUAGUGGACAGUCUGACUUUCAAAGGGAUGGACUCACUGAAGUCACUGAAGAUGCAGAGGAACAGCAUCACCAAGCUCAUGGAUGGAGCCUUUUUUGGACUUAACAACAUUGAAGAACUAGAGCUGGAGCACAACAACCUCACGGAGGUCAACAAAGGCUGGCUGUAUGGACUGCGCAUGCUGCGUAUCCUGCGGGUCAGCCAGAAUACUGUCGGCAUCAUCCGACCAGACGCCUGGGAGUUCUGCCAAAAACUGGAGGAACUAGACCUGUCCUUCAAUCAUUUGACUCGACUUGAAGAGACAGCUUUUGUGGGAUUAGGUCUCCUGGACAGCCUGAAUCUCGGGGAAAACUCCAUCAGCCAUUUGGGAGAGGGAGUUUUCAGCGGCCUGACGAGUCUGCGCACCCUUGAUAUCCGCAAUAAUGAAAUCUCCUGGGCCAUAGAAGACUCCAUUGGUGUGUUUGUUGGGAUGAAGAAGCUGAACUCACUAAUAAUACAGCGGAACAAAAUCAAAUCAAUCACCAAGAAAGCGUUUGAGGGCCUGGAUGAGCUGGAACAUCUGGACCUGAGCAAGAACGGCAUCAUGUCGAUACACCCCGAGGCGAUGUCCCAUAUGAAGCUCAAAGAGUUCGUCCUGAACACCAGCAGCCUGCUGUGUGACUGCCACAUGCAGUGGCUGGGGCCGUGGCUGACUGAGAACAGCUUCCUCCAGUCUGUGUCUGCCGUCUGCGCUCAUCCUGCCAGCCUACUCGCUCACAACGUCCUGUCUGUCGGCCCGCAAGAGUUUGUUUGUGAUGAUUUCCCAAAGCCCCGGAUCACAACUCAUCCCGAGACGUAUGAGGCGCUGCGGGGGAACAACGUGACUCUGAGCUGCGUGGCGUCCAGCAGCAGCGAUUCACCGAUGACCACGGCUUGGCGGAAGGAUGGGGAGGUGCUGUAUGACGCAGAGGUGCAAAACUACGCCCGGUACCAGGAGGGAGAGCUGAUCUACACCGCCGUGCUCCACCUGCUCAAUGCCAACUUCACUGACGAGGGCCGCUACCAGUGCGUGGUCUCCAAUCACUUUGGCUCCAACUACUCCAACAGGGCCAAGCUUACUGUCAAUGGUGUGUGUUAUGGGGACACAGGCAGUGAGGUGGAGACAGAGGGGAGCGGCAUGCUGCACUGCAGGGUCGGCUCUCUGUUCACCGGCCGCAGCAGCUUCCACCCCGGAGAGCCCCGCGAGGGCCUGGCCGGACACCCAGCAGGUGGCGCAGGUCCGCUUGUCAUCUGCUCCGACUGCUACGACAACGCCAACAUCUACUCUCGCACACGGGAGUACUGUCCCUACGCCUACCUGGGGGAGGACGACCCGCUGGACAAAUCCAUACCGGGCCUGAAGGAAAGCUUCGGUGAGCAUACUCAGCACGACGCCACGCCACUGGACAGCCUCAUUAGCAACCACAACUCCUCCAUCUUUCUCACCCCGCACGACAAAAGGCUGAGCAGCCACACUCCCCCGGAGCACUACGCUAAUGAUUCUCUCAGCAGGUCCUUCUGGGGAGAAGGGGAAGAUCCGUCUUUGAGAGCCCCACCAGGCGCGUCCCCUCACCCGGUGACGGUGCACCGGACCCCCCACCUGGCUGCUGACGGGCCGGAGGAACAGAGGGAGGCAGAAUCGGACUGUUUUCCCCGCCAAUCCACACAGGACCACAGAAGUGCCUCUAAUAGGACUAACCCUCAGGAGCACACUGCUCCCUCAUAGGUCCUUACGGCCCGUCCACACAGCGGCGUGCGUUGAAGUUUCAACGCUUCUGCCCAUUCACUUUGUGAAUGGGGUGACGUCACGCUUCACCGAACUGCAUUGUGGGAGCAAAGCGUAGCUUUUCUCGCGGUGCUUGCUGCAAAAAGUUGAGCAAUGUUCAACUUUUGAAGCUUCAACGGAAGCGUCAGCCAAUCGAAUCAUAUGCCGUUACAAUC